AAUUUCUUACAAACAGAAUUUGUAAAUACAUUCCCAUUUGACAAAUUGCUAACCCAAUGGAAAGAGUGAUAAUAUUUUUCACCUUGUGCUUUUCUGUGCCCUGUACAGCAAAAGCGGAAUGCAACUCGAACCAUCGCAUUGCUCAUUUUUUCGGGAUGAGACAGGAAUCAGAUAAAUUGUUAUUCAAAGUUCAUACGACAGUGCCAUAUAGGGCGAUGUGGUGGGUUUCAGCAGAUGUAGAUUACACCCCUGAUGAAAAUGUGGGCAUAACUUACAUCGAGCUGCUGGACCAGACAAAUAGCAAAGGCGGAUGUGGUGAAAUCAUAAGCGGAGGGAUAAAUAAAGAUCACGUCAAGAUAAAAUUACAAUCUCAGUGGUACCAAGACAUUGAUUACAUUGUAGCCAUAUAUGGAAAGAAAUUUUCCAUUUAGUUAAAAUUUGCUAUUUAUAUUUUAAUUGUAUAUUUGUUAAUAAAUAUUUGUGUAAAAUUAAUUGGUAAACAAAUUUUAUAAUCUUUUUCACACAAAUACUGAAUUUAAGAGACAAAAACUAAAUUAAAAUUGUUGCCGAGUAGAAACCAGCCAAUUUGGUCUUAAUCAGGCUAAAAAUAAAAAACAAUUUUACUUACUAAAAAUUAAAAA